AUGAGAAUCAACGCCGUCACCAUUGGCGCCGUCACGCUCGGUAGCCAUGUGAUGGCCCAGGGCUCCAAGCCCAUCAAGGAAGCCGCCAGCAAGAUUGAUAGAAUCGAGAUCCCCGAGGCUUUCAACCAGCUUGAUAUCUGGAAGUUUGAUGCCUGCCACAAGGUCGACUCCCAGGUCGGUGACCUCAUCUGGCCUUGCGCUUCCAAGAUGAGGACCGAGAUGGCGCUCUGCCCUACCAACCCCACCAACGCUGAGGAGCGCGAAGCCCAGCGCCAAUGCCUGUGCGGCGAAGGUAGCUCUCUGUUGCAGGAUGCUGCUGCCUGCGUGCAAUGCAAGCGUGAGAAUGGCCUGCAGGCGGAUAGCCACAAGCAGUUCUGGAGCGACUACUACAAGGAGGUCGACGAGAAGUACUGCAAGGUUCCCAAUCCCGCUGAGAGCUACGGGGCGUUUAUUGCUGCUCUCAAUAAGAGAAGGCCCGAGCCGGCAGCAGGCAACAAUCUCAACCGUCUCAUUGGCGUUGUUGCUGACCCCAAGUCUUACUAUGAAACGGCCGGCGUCGAGGUCCCCAAGAAGCAGGGCGCAGGCAAAGUCACUCCUGCCGCCCCUAAGCCUGACAAUGGCAAGAACUCAACCGUUGUCCCCACCGCUACCGCCGCUCCCACCGCUACCGCCGCUCCCGUCGCCCCCGUCAUUGAUCAAGUCAAGGUCCCCGUCAUAAUUGCCGUCGAAGAGGAGCCUGCUGCCGGUCAAGAUAAGACUUCCACCAGUUCCACCAGUUCCAUCUCUUCUGCCCCAUUCAAGAACGGUACUGCAACCACCAGACCUACUCCCUCCACCUUUGUCACCAUCACAACCUCGAGCUCCGCCUCGACAGGUACUACCUCGCUUCUUCCCGCAACCACCCUUGCCCCCGGCCCUAUCGUCGGCCCUGUUGAAGGGCACAUCAUUGACAUCAACGGCAAGCCUUGCCGUGUUUACAUCGUCUGGGUUAUCGUUGACUGCAUUCCUAGCGUUGAUGCCAACGGCAAGUUCACCAUCGGCUUCGUGAACAAGGGCGUUGACAAGCAGGAGCCCCCCAAGAUGGUGGAGGACAAGAAGCAGUUUGACCAGGUCAACGAAGUCAUUUGCGAUGGUGGCAAGGACGAGAAGCUGGCCGAGCAAGCGAAGGAGCAUGUCGGUACCGAGGGUACGGUCGUCCAGGCUCCUAGUGAUAGCAAGAAGCAAGAGCUUCCUCCCGUCAAGGAGACCGCUGGUAACUCCAAGGUUCCGUCUCCUACCGAUGGAAGCAAGACCGUGAACAACGAAGAUGAGUGCGAAGUCGUCGAUGGCGUUUCCCAGCCUGGCAGCAAGACUGGCCAGCCUGGCAGCAAGACUGGCCAGCCUGGCAGCAAGACUGACGGCACCUCUGGCCAGCCUGGCAGCAAGACUGACAGCACUCUCGUCAAGCCUGACGGCAAGACUGGCAGCACUCCCGUCAAGACUGACGGCAAGACUGGCGAGACUGGCAGCACUCCCGUCAAGACUGACGGCAAGACUGGCGAGACUGGCAACACUCACGUCAAGCCUGACGGCAAGACUGGCAGCACUCCCGUCAAGACUGACGGCACCACUCCUGGCUCCAACACCUGUGAGUGUGAGUGCCCCUCGACCGCUGCGACUGCGUUUUCUUCUUCUUCUAGCAGUGAGGAUCCCGAGAUUUGCCAGAAGAAGGUCGAGACCGAGACUGCCUGCAAGAAACUGUCGGGACGUCAGAUGUGGGAGUGCCUGUGCUCUCAGGGCGAAUAUUUCGAGAAGACUCACUUCUUCAAGGAGGCCGUUCAGUGUGAGCGACGCAAGUCCAACCUCCGCGAGAGCGAGUUUGAGGCCCAGAUUCUCUUCGAGGUCAACUACCGAUACUGCCAGAAGGAGUUGUUUGGCAACGAUUUCGGCGCCGCAUACUCGAGCGUGGCGGAUGAGUGGAGAGCGAGCAGAGCCCCCGGUAUCUUGGUUUAA